AUGAGGAAGUUAAUCCCAUGGUGGAAACGCAGUGACAAGUAUAAUUAUGGACGCACGUGGAUUCUGCGAGAUGGUCGAUGGCAUCCAGAAGAUGGAAGUGAGCCUGGAAGUGACGAACGGCGAGCUCCCUCUAUGGGAGACCCUGUUGAUCCACGUGGGGAAUGGGUCUACCGAGACGGAAUAACAAGCACUGACGGAUGGGUGAUGAGAGAUGGCAAUUGGUACCGCGAUCCAGAGUACCAGGAGGAAGGAGGGGAUGCCCCAGGAGGCGGAGAACGAGCAGGAGAUGGAUGGGUACUACGAGAUGGAAUAUGGUAUUACGAACCGCAGAACCUGAACGAAGCAACGACCACUGUUCCACAGGGCGGUGGAGGAGGUGAAAGAGCUGGAGAUGGUUGGGUAUUGCGCGAUGGGACAUGGUACUAUGAACCGGACCAUCACCAUCAAGUCCCACAUGCACGUAUUCCCGGACAAACUCAUCAUGAUGGCGGAAAAUGGGAGUACAUCGAUGGAACAUGGCAUUUUGUCACCCAUGGCCAUGGACAAGGUGAACAUGACCAGCCUAGACAUGAGGGCGGUCAUAUGGCCCAUAUGACACACCGGAAUCACGAUGACAAAAUGGUCAAGGUGAGAAAGGUUCACGUCCCAGACCAUGGAGAUCAUAGCCAAAAACUGGUAGAGAAAGUUGUCAACCCGGUAACAGGCGAAGUUGAAGGAGGGGCAAGCAGCAAUGAUAGCCCUGUUGAUUACCGAAAUUGGUCUUACUCGUACUACGAGCAAGGCGGUAAUCCCGAGGGCGAUGGUGAGAUUUUUGAAGCAGAUUUGAUAGAAGCAAGUGGACAAGCUCCAGCAGAACGUCACGGAUCACCCCAAUACAUCGAAAGGGGCAAUAUGGCAGCUGUUAUCUACAGUGAUGAGGGAGAGCCCGAGCCGGGUAUGGCGCACUCAUCCUAUUUCAUUAGAGAUGGUAACGUUGGUGCAAUGGUCUAUACCGAAGGUGAAACCGAAGAAGGCCACGGAAUACCUCAAGCCAGUACAGGUGAUGGGUUCCUGCCAAAUGGCCCUAAUGUGCUAUCUGUGGACGACUUCAAACGUCUUCACCCCUCACCCGGAUUACUGCCCAUGCAACAAGGAGUGGAGCACCUUUCCUGUGAUGGAAUGAACGCUGCCGAGGGUACAGGAGAAUAUUGGCUAUUACGAACCACACCAUGUGGGGAGAACGCUCCAGAAGGUCGUAUUCUUAUGCCAAAUGGUGAAAUUUUGAAAUUUUACGGCUAUCCGAAACUCGUCCAAGCAUAG